AUGAAGGUCUCUGUGGCUGCCCUUGCCAUUCUCAUCGCUGCCUUCUGCUACCAGACCUCUGCUGCGCCAAUUGACUCCGACCCACCGACCUUCUGCUGCUUCUCCUACACCUCCCGACAGCUGCCCCGCAACUUCGUGGUGGAGUACUAUGAGACCAACAGCCAGUGCCCCCAGCCAGCCGUCGUGUUCGUCACGAAGAAGGGUCGCCAAGUCUGCGCCAACCCCGAGCAGGACUGGGUCCAGCAGUACGUGAACGACCUGGAGCUGAACUGA